UCCCCGCAUUUCAUUCUCGUCGGCAGAUGGCGGAUGCAGUGGACGCUUGCUGUCAGUCGCGCAUAGACAACUCAACGAGUGCAGUGUGCUCUCGAUUUUCUCGCAGCUCCAUUUUGUGUAUAACUUUUCGAACGGGACAUUGAGUGUUUGUGUUUUGAACGAUCGCCAUACACAAUUUACAAAGUUUGAAGGUGUGUUUGACUUUUCACUUUCGACAUGCUCGUCGAGGGAUCGAUGCGAUAUCUCUGGCGCCCGUAGAAACCGCGCCUCCGUCAUGAGCGAGUGAUCGUCGAUGUAAAAAAGUGAACACAGGAAACAUGUCCGGGCGGAUCGUCAACGCCGAUGCGAGCAAAGGAUUCCUGUUCGAAAUUCGAAUGCGGUCAUGUCAUCGCCUUUCGGAUUUCUCAUAAGUCACCGUCCAAUGUCAAAAUCGUGCACGUACCGCGAGCGCCGACCCUCCGGAUCGUGCGGAAAAUGCAAUCGUUGGUAGUUUGGUGGGCGGUAGUGUCAGCCGCCUGGGCGCUGGCGGGCGCGUGCUCCAGCUCCAUCUCCAAGCGGCCCGCGAGGCCUGCUCGACCGCAGCGCCCGCAGCCGCAGCCCCAACCGCAGCCGCGUAUCAACGUCACUUUCCCGACGUUUAAGUGCGAGCCCGAGUACUCUCAGUACUACUGUCUUAAUGGUGGAGUCUGCUUCACCGUUGUGAUAUCGGAGAGCCCGAUUUAUAACUGUGAGUGUCAAAGCGGGUAUGUGGGCCCGCGGUGCGAGUUCAAGGACCUGGACAACUCGUAUGUGUUGAGCGGCCGACAGCUGAUGAUGGAGACUGCGUCCAUCGCGGGCGGUGCGACAGUGGCGGUCUUCCUGGCAAUCCUUGUGUGUCUCGGAGCGUGGGUGCGGCUGCAGCGUCGCGACAAGUCUCCUGCGGCUGCGGAGCGCGGACAGGUGACGUUAGUGGCAGUGGCUGGUCCUGGCGGUCGCGUUUCGCACCAGCCGCACUAGUCGCCCUGUAGAUUACCUAGUGAUAAGAUAUGUGCUCAGAACUGAGGAUGUAAAAAUUUAUGUGAUAAUUAUUUUACGAAGCUUAUAAUUUAUUAUGAAGAAAUUUCUUUUGUAUAUACGGACUGCCCGGUUCCAUCGCAAAGUCGUAAAUUUCAGUCUCCCAUAGUGUAAAUUUGUGAAAUGUGACCAGUGGUUGGAUCAGUGUAUCAGAUAUGUGCAAAGAUGACUGCAGCUGCUCGCUUCAAAUAGAUCUGUUAUGAUAUUGUGUUGUUGUUUGUGAUGUAUAUCUCUAUACUCGAGAAAAGCUUUCUGGUGUAAAAAAGUUAAUGUUAACCAUCUGUACAUGUAGGAUGAGAACUGUUAACCCAAUCAUUGAUUUCUUUAAGUCAGAAAGGUGUUUGCCAGCUGAGAUUCCAGUGGCUCUCAGUUUUGCAUUCUUGUUAUUUGUUACAGUCCCAGAAUGGGACCAUGCGGGGCAGCUCCAAAUUACUUUCACUAUGCUUCAAGAACACAAAUCAAAAGUUGAUUGAAUAUUAGGUCUGGUAUAUACACAGAAAAAUAAUAAAGUAAUGAAAUGUGUACAGAUAAUAUGGGACGGCAAGUAGUGCGAUGGUUCCUAGCUGAAGGGCCGAGUGCCCGCACAUUCCAUCUCACUGAUAGUUAUGUUACUGGUGUCAGUAUUAUUUUGUAAUGCGAGUCUUGAGCUGGCAACUUUAAUUUGUAAUUUAUACCUGUUUAUCCUGCGAGGAUAGUGCUGUAUUAUAUUUGUUUAAAGUCUGAGAAUGUGCCGUCAUGAGGAAGGCUUCUUUUUGUAAAUAUAGCCCAUGUAGGUAUUUAUUAGAUAUUUAUGAAGGUUUAUUUAUUGACUGCUUUAUUUAGUUAAUAUCCAUUGACCGAAAGGUCACAGGAGUGCCCAACUAAUAGAUGAGUGGUUCUCUUGUAAUCUCCUGCUAUGUGACCUCUCGUCUAUUCAAAAUUUUGUGAAUCUCAAUUAUUCUUUGUUUUUGAACAUUCACAUAACAUUGGAUGGUGUAAAAAGUUCCUCUGCGGUGUGAGCUGUCCUAAAUUAAUUUUCUUUCUGUUUGCAUAGCCGCUACAUUUAUUGAACAGUUUCUAUUAAAUAAAUCACUAAUUUAUUUAUUAUGUAAAAAAAUGUAAAUAAUAUUGUAUGUUCCAGAGUAAUCAUUGUGACUGAAGUUAUCUUGAAUAAAUUAUAAUAAUAUAAUAGAAACUGUAAAAUGUGUGGUGGCAUGUUGUUGUGUUGCUCUCUGUUACUUGUACAGACCGCUCAUCCCCGAGAGGUGCAAACAAAAAAAUAGUAAAUGUUGUAACAAGUUGUGAGUUGACAAACAAUCGUUUAGAUGUUGAUAGCAAAUGCACAGUUUUAUUUUCGACCUGCCGUACCUCAUGUGUGGGAAUUUAAUUAAUUGACGUUUGUAAUGUGCAGUAGCCGUUGUUGCCAACGUCUGACAAGUUAACUCACCGCUGCUGGUUGGAACGCGCGUACUGGGCGUACUACGUGUAUUGCGCUGUGGAUAACGAUUCCCCUGAGAUUGUUUAUAUGAACAUUCCAAAGUAUUUGUAUAUUACCUACAACGCUAAUAAUUUCGAAGUAUCUGUUAAGACGCUACAUUGUUAAUUAUACAGUUUUCUAUUGAUCAUUAAAUUUGUUAAAAGAAAAUUAUACGAAACUAAAUCCUUAAAAA